GAACAUUCAUACUUUUCAAUUCAACAACGAUUCAAUUCUCUACUCUCUUCUUCAACACCCACUGAAUUCACUCUCUCUCUUGUUCGUUUCAAUUUCAAUGGCUGCUUGUGAAUGUUUAGGCGCUUCAAGGGUCGGCUUAUGCGAAUCUGAUCUACUUUCUCGGAUUCCAAACAUGCGCCACACCUCCGAUCACUCCUUCAACUAUGCUAAAUUCUGUCGACCCAUUUUCUCUGAUUGUUCCUUAAUGGAGGAAUUUCUCGAUGAUGAUCUCUGGGCGAAGAUGCAGGAGGAAGCAAGGUCAGAUGUGGAACGAGAGCCGAUUCUGUCUUCCUAUUACCACGCUUCGAUUCUGUCUCACCAAUCGCUUGAAAUCGCAUUGGCCAGUCAUCUCGCCCUCAAAUUGAGCAGUUCCAUUCUUCCCAGCGGAACCCUAGUAGAUCUCUUCGUUUCCGUCCUUGAUGAACACGAAGAAAUUGUGGAAGCUGUAAAGUAUGAUCUGAGAGCAGUGAAAAAGCGUGACCCUGCUUGCAUUAGCUAUGUCCAUUGCUUUCUAAACUUCAAAGGCUUUCUGGCAAUCCAAGCUCACAGAAUAGCUCACCAAUUGUGGUCUGAGGGAAGAAACGUGUUGGCCAUUUUGAUUCAGAACAGAGUUUCUGAAGUAUUCGCAGUGGAUAUCCAUCCAGGAGCGAAGAUUGGAAGAGGGAUUUUACUGGAUCACGCAACAGGAUUGGUGGUGGGAGAAACGGCAGUGAUAGGGAACAAUGUGUCAAUUCUGCAUAAUGUGACAUUGGGAGGAACUGGGAAGGCUUCCGGAGAUAGACAUCCCAAGAUUAGUGAUGGAGUGCUGAUAGGUGCAGGGACUAGCAUUCUGGGGAAUAUAAAGAUUGGCGAUGGUGCUAAGAUUGGUGCUGGUUCUGUGGUUCUGAAGGAUGUGCCUUCAAUGACCACUGCAGUUGGAAACCCAGCAAGAUUGAUAGGAGGGAAGGCAAAUCCUGUAAGGCUGGGCAAGAUUCCAGGCUUCACUAUGGAUCAUACUUCACAUAUUUCUGAGUGGUCUGAUUAUGUUAUUUAGAUGCUACUUUUCAACCAUAAGGGCAUGUGGAUGGAUAUAAAGGUGUUGUUUUACAUAUUAAAUGAUGUUGUGGGGAAUAAUCGUUUGCUUCAUAAGUGAGAAUCCACGUUCUCCUGUUAGCAAAUUGACUUCCCUGAUGGGGAAGUGGGUACUGCCGUAUUGGAAUCAAAAGCGAAGGAAAGUUUAACUAUUGUGAUGUUUGAUGGUGUAGACUCAGUUUUUAUCAGGCAUCUACAUGUAACUUGAUUAUUACGGCGGCUAUGACAUUUAUAAACAAUUUAUUACACUCA